AUGUCUCUCUCAAUGGCGCCUGCUUCGGUCCCCAACCAGCCCGCAGAGGCGUCGCGCUCCCCAAUCUCCGCCCUUCCACCCGAGUCCAUCUCGCGCAUCGCAGGCUUCUUGGACUUGAAAGACCUCUGCUCCCUCCGCCUCGCGAACAAGAACCUCUGCAAGCUCUUUGAAACCCCCUUUCAAUCGUCCUUCAAUACUCGAAACACGGACCUCUCGCGCCGCUCCCUCGAACGCCUCCACUUCAUUGCCAACUCCCACCUCGCACCCCACGUUAAGACCCUGCGCAUCGCCCCGCGCCCAAACAACCAAAAUGGAAAUAAGAUUGGCGAAGACAUGAACUGGGGCCUCGAAACCUAUGGUGAUCGCUGGGUGGAUGGCCUCACAGCAAGCUCGGUGAAAUAUAUCAUAGAACGCCUCGUCAACUGCGACGGCUUCAUUUUCACCCAAGUCGGCGCGGACCACGGAAGACAUGUCCAGCUGAAAGAUCACAUGUUGAUGGUGCAGGUCCCCACCCAUCAGGUGAGAGUCAGCAGCAUUGUGAUUGCCGACGCCGUGCACCUCUUCCUGACAAUCAUUACCCGGCUUCGGCGACAGAUUGCGUCCUUCACCGUGGAUCUGCGAGCCACGCGGUUGCUGCUUGGCGAGAUGUAUUACGAGACCCAGCCCGGUGGUUUGGCGAACGGGAAUGCGGAGCAGGGGCGCGGAUACACUGGAAGGUUCCUCAUCGGCCAUGGCAUUGGUCUCCGUGGAAUCCAGGAUUGCGAGCGAUUGAUCGAGAGAAUUUCCCAAUCCUAUAUCCAAGAUCUACAACUCAAUCGGCCAGGGUAUCAUCCGUUCUCAACACUGCGCUCGCUCACACUCCGCCUCCCCAUUGACGUGCAACAGCACGCGGAUGCCAUGCGGCAGUUCAUACUCGGGAACCCGGAUUUGGAGUUUCUGGCUCUGUCGGUUGCGCAAGGGUCCCAGGCCAAUGCGGCGGGAUCUGGCGGGAAGUUCCUGCGCGAUAUCAUUGAGUAUUGGAACUGCGGCUAUAAACCGAGGCUGCGGUGGUUGAAUCUGCACGGUGCUGGGAAUAUCCCUAUAAGAACUGAGAAAUUCAUGGCGUUCCUGUGGAGGCACGGAGACACACUGCAGAUGCUUGAUCUAGUCGGUAUUAACCUUAUCAGCAACAUCGAGCGCCAUGAAUGGGAAACCAUUCUCACCUAUCUCCAGCAGCCCGAGUUCAAGCAGCUUAAGGUCUUCCGGCUUUGGCAUCUCGUCGAGACUCGCCAGAUCACGACAGGGGCGGUCGCCAACCGCCGCACUCGAAAUAACACCGUGCACGUGUUUUUCGACCCCAAAGUUGAAAAACAUCCCAUUGGCAUGAUUGGAACCCCUAGGUCAGAUGGCCCUAGAACUUACACAUCGCCUGCAUUUACCUGCGAAACGUGCGAUUACGACUGCUUCCACGUAUCCGGGGAUGGGCUCUUCGGCCGGCAGUCCAGUGGUCCGCGUACCCCCCGCCGUUGCAAAGUCAUCCGUGGGAUCAACUACGAUGACUCGGGCUUAUCCCAGCAUCCCCCAGGUCAAGGUACUACCGUCAGCAAGGCGUUGAAUCAACUCACUCAACACCUGCGAUACGAAUUUGAGAUGAAUACUUCGCCUGCGCUGCAGCAGCGUGGGUCUUCGCAAUUCGAAUCUGUGUCAGGCCACAUUGGAGAUACAGUUCCGUAA